CGUGUCCGCGUGGGCUGGAGUCUACUCCUGUCGAUCUGAGGGCGAUGACCACAAGCUCGGUGUGAAAGCGCUCGAAAGCACGUGGUGAGGUGCGUCCCCUUUAUAAAGCACCCAUUCUGUCCAGCCAGCCGCCAGGAGAUGGUGCGCGCUGGCACGCGGCACUGGCGUUUUCCACAAGAAGGGAUGGAGAAGCGCGCUAACGCUCUUUCCGUCGCGCCGAAAGGAAAAUAACUUCUUUGCCUCUCUCGUCUGUUCCGUUCUCGUCUCUCUGCGCCUUUCUGCUCGCGUGCACUGCACUGUUAGAGUUUGCUCUGCGACCGUAUAGCGCGCGCGCGCGGACACUACGCGACUCGGAAGGCGCUGGAGAUGCGCGACGGCGCGCGAGCGGACCGCGCCGAGUUUCAGUAAAGAAGCGCAGCGCGAGGGGUGAGGUGAAGUGAGGUGAGUCGCGCGCGCGGUAUCGGAUGCGGUGGAGGUGCGCUGACCCGCACGCGCUUCUCUUCGCUCCUAGAAUUAGACUUCAGAUGGCCGUGACUGAGACUCUCCGUCCUGCUGUGUGAUCAUAUAGGCGAUCUGCUCUCCUCUACCAGGAUUUUUUUUUAAAUAUACAUAUAUAAACAGCAAAAUUACGACUUGUCAGUGCCGUCACGCCAAAUGGAUAUCCAGAGACGAAACAGAUCCACGACUAAUGAUUCUAGUAUAGCUUAAAGUUUUUAUGAUGGGCUACAAAAUGCAUUGAUCGUCUACUUUUAAAAAUCAUACUUGUGCUUUAAUUCAGCAAACACAAACCUUAAUAAUAGCUUCUAAAACUAGCUUACUUUUGGUGACUGGAGGAACCCAGCCAUCCUCCCCCGAAAAAAAAAUGAACCUCUUCGUAGUGAGCCUUCUCCUGAGCCUGGAUCUAGUGGCAGUGGCGCUCGGCUUGUCCACGUGCAGCACUUUAGACAUGGACCAGUUCAUGAAGAAACGCAUCGAGGCGAUCCGCGGCCAGAUCCUAAGUAAACUGAAACUCAGCAAGCCACCGGACGAGUUCCCGGAGCCUGAAGACGUGUCCCAGGACAUCAUCGCCAUCUAUAACAGCACUCGCGACCUGCUGCAGGAGAAGGCCAACGAGCGCGCCGCCACCUGCGAGCGCCAGCGCAGCGAGGAGGAGUACUACGCCAAGGAGGUGCACAAAAUCGACUUGCACAGCCACAACAACAACUACCCCCCGAAUAUGAUCUCUCAGUUCUUGCACAAUGCCUACUUCAGAUGGCUCAGGUUUGACGUGAGCUCCAUGGAGAAGAAUGCGUCCAACCUGGUGAAGGCAGAGCUGAGGAUUUUCAGGCUGCAGAACCCAAAGGCCAGUGUAUCCGAACAGCGUAUUGAGCUUUAUCAGGUCCUUGGAAAUAAGGAUGUCGCAUCGGUAACACAACGCUACAUCGACAGCAAAGUGGUGCGCACAAGGACAGAGGGCGAGUGGCUGUCCUUUGAUGUAACCGAAGCAGUCAGCGAAUGGCUACUGCACAGAGACAGAAACAAUGGAUUUAAGAUCAGCCUGCACUGUCCCUGCUGCACGUUUGUGCCAAUAAAUAAUUACAUCAUCCCAAACAAGAGUGAGGAGCUGGAGGCACGCUUUGCAGGGAUUGAUAGCAUCACUGGCCGUCACAGUGGCAGGUCUCCACACUUGCUGCUCAUGUUGCUCCCAUCCUACCGCCUGGAAUCCCAGCACAAGAGCCACAGGCAGAAACGAGCCCUGGAUGCCGCUUUCUGCUCCAGGAAUGUUCAGGACAACUGCUGUCUGCGCUCACUGUACAUUGACUUCAAGAAGGAUCUGGGAUGGAGGUGGAUCCAUGAGCCAAAAGGGUACAAUGCCAACUUCUGUGCUGGAGCAUGUCCCUAUCUCUGGAGUGCAGACACCCAACACACUAAGGUCCUUGGUCUAUAUAACACAAUUAAUCCAGAAGCAUCAGCCUCUCCGUGCUGCGUUUCUCAAGACCUGGAACCUCUUACCAUCCUUUACUUCAUUGGCAAGACCCCCAAAAUCGAGCAGCUUUCCAAUAUGAUUGUAAAGUCCUGCAAGUGCAGCUAGGAACUGGCUAACGCUGCACAUACCCACACACACACACAUACACAGAUACACACACACACAGUCAUGAAACACAUACACUAUAAAUUUGAAUACAGUCACAAACUGUCUCAUUCACACAGGUAGAGAAAUUGUUGUGCAGGCCGGGAACAGAAAUGUACAUUUCCUUCAACAGUAUGUAUUUGUUUAAAGUGAGCACACAAAGGCGCACACAGAGUUUGCACCUAAGUGUCCGCAUAUGUGUUUGUGUGUGUAUGUGUGCUGGGACAAAAUAGCCCUUUUAGUACAUCUCAUCUCACACACUCAUCACACCAGGACGGGAGUAUGGCAAACACUGGAAGUACAAGAUUAAGUGUCUACAUGUGAUGUAGUAGAAAAGAGAAUCCCUCAUUUCAGCAAGCAGUUACAGCAAACUCUGUCUCUUUCUUUUCUUUCUCUACCUAUGCGUCCCUUGAAUCUGUAGAAACAUUUGUUUUUUGUUAUUUUUAAAGCUGGUUUUGAUUCUUGGAAAUUGUUGAAGACCUCACUUAUUUAAUGUCAACGGGGCCUGUUAGUGACUUUCCUGGCUAAGACACGGGAAGAGGAACGGCGAAGGGAAAGGUGAAAAGAUUUGUGUGAUACAGAGAGACACAAAGGGACUGAAAAUAGUUUAGCUAAAUUCCAUUGUAGCUAAACAAGAGUUGAACUUCCAAAAAAGCAAGCAAAAUGACUAUGAAAGCAGCAGGUGUGAAGUCUGCCUCAUGAUCCGCCCAGGGUUUAGGAAUAUGCUGUAUCAUUAUGCUUUUUCAGUUUGGAAGAUGUGCAAAGCAUAAUGUUAGAGUUUCUGUGAAUCAGUCUGUUAAACCGAAAUGUUCUCUGGAUCUAUGUUUAUCAUCUGCAACGCCCAGUGAUCAUGAGCACACACACUACAUAACAUAAUAUUAUAUAUAUACUGCAGUGCAAAAACUUUUGCAGCUCCACACAUUCACUCAAAAAAAUUGGGGUUAUUUUAUAAGGCACAAACAGAAUAGAAAUCUGUUCUCCUUAGAGACUUUAAGAAGAACGUUAAGAGCUCCUAUAUAGCCAAUUCUGCUGAUUAGGUACAGUCAUGUCAACAUUUUAUGAAGUAAUGUGAUGAGAUGUAAUUAGAGUGGGACAGAGAGCAGGGUUAUGGCAGGUGACAAUGUAUUGUGGAAGGCUUGGGAAGGAGAUUGUGUCAGGAAAGUCAGAGGAAGGACAGGACAACAGCGGAGGGAUUUUUGCCAAGUGAUUAGAGGCAUGUAGAACAGAUGUCUGACAAUGUCUCUGUGGCUGGCUAUGGUAAUGAGAGUCAGUAAAAGCCUUUGCACUUCCAGCCUAUCGAGUUUCAACAUGUGGCAUGAAUGGGGCCAGGCCAGCCAUACAAGUGUAGUCAAGUAGCCAUGGAUGGAUAUGUGCCAUUGAGAAACUUUGAAUUGCAUUCAAAUCUGAGAGCAAAGCCCCUACUUUGUUUAUUUUCCCGUUCCAAGGAACCGAGAUCCUUUGAUACGAAGAAUUGCACUGACUGUAUUUUAUUAUUACCUUUUUUUUAUUUGUAACUUUUUCCUGUUUGUUGAAUUUUAACAUGCAGUUCAUGCUCCCUCAUUCUCAACAUGCAGUAAGGCAAGUGUUGAUGACAUGACUUCAGGAAGGAAAUUCGGCCAGGCAAAAAGAAAACUGCUCAGAUCAGUGUAGAAUGAUCUCUUCCACCAUUAUAUGAUAUGUAAGGGACGGUAUACCAUACUCUACCCCAGCUCCCUCAUAGUGCUAGUGGACCUCUUUAAGACACAGGAAAUAGAAGGAAGCACAACCAUUGUCACAUUAGAACAGGGGUUUCUUAAUCCUGUCCUCCAACACCCACUGCCAAACCACAUUUGGUGUUCUUUCCCCAUUUCCGAUCAUAUUAAGCCAUGUAAGAGAGAACUGUGCAACUCGAACUACCUGGCUCUGAUAGGAUCUGGACUAAAGUGUGGACUGGCCGAGGGUCCUCGAGGACCAUAUCAGUGACCUCUGUGUUAGAGCUGUAUAUUGUUAUUGUUGUUUAUGAUGAUGUUGAUGCUGUUGACCCACUAUGAUGUAUUGUAACACAUUGUUGUGGUGCUCUAUUGGUAAAUAAAUUAUUUAAUUAAGAAGGGAAAAUAAA